AGUAUUUAUUUAAAAUAUUCAUGUAUUAGAAUGAUGUAGAUACAAGAAGUGAAUUUAACAGUUGUAAACAAAUCAGCAAUUAAAUUUCUUCAGUUUCGUAAGAUUCGAAUGAGAUACACAAUAAGCAAGUAUAUGAGAUAUGUACAAUUUGGCGCGAAUUCUCGUUUACGAUCCACACGUCUUGACACUAGUUUUGAGACGUUUCUAAACGUAGUUAUAACCUUGUUAUUUGAUCUCGAACGCCAUGGGAAUUUUAGGUUUAGCAAAACUAAUAGCAGAUAUAGCACCAAGCUCUAUUAAAGAACGGGAAUUGAAACAUUAUUUUGGUCGUAAAGUUGCUAUAGAUGCAUCUAUGUGCUUGUAUCAAUUUCUAAUCGCAGUUCGAAGUGAAGGAGCUCAGCUUACUACAGUGGAUGGAGAAACAACAAGUCAUUUAAUGGGUACAUUUUAUCGAACUAUACGCUUAGUAGAACAAGGAAUAAAACCUGUGUAUGUAUUUGAUGGAAAACCUCCAAACUUGAAAGGUGAUGAAUUAACAAAGCGUGCAGAAAGAAGAGAUGAAGCACAGAAGCUUUUACAAGCUGCAGAAGAAGCUGGAAAUAUGGAAGAUGUAGAAAAGUUCAAUAGACGAUUAGUAAAAGUUACAAAGGAACAUGCAAAUGAAGCUAAACAAUUAUUGAAAUUAAUGGGUAUACCAUACAUUGAUGCACCUUGUGAAGCAGAAGCACAAUGUGCUGCUUUAGUUAAGGCUGGUAAAGUUUUUGCAACAGCCACAGAAGAUAUGGAUGCACUUACUUUUGGAUGUAAUGUUUUACUUCGACGAUUAACAUUCAGCGAAGCUAGAAAAAUGCCUGUACAAGAGUUUCAUUUUGAUAAAGUUUUGCAAGAUCUUGAGUUGAAUCACGAUGAAUUCAUUGAUCUGUGUAUCAUGUUGGGAUGUGACUACACAAACAGCAUUAAAGGAAUUGGGCCAAAAAGAGCAAUUGAAUUGAUUAAAACACAUAGAUCACUCGAAAAAAUUGUAGAAAACUUAGAUACCAAAAAAUUCUCAGUUCCAGAAAAUUGGAAUUAUAAACAAGCUCGACUAUUAUUCCAAGAACCUGAAGUGACUAAUCCCGAUGAAAUUGAUAUUAAGUGGUCAGAUCCAGAUGAAGAGGGAUUAGUUAAGUACUUAUGCGGUGAUAAACAGUUCAAUGAGGAAAGGGUAAGAAAUGGAGCAAAAAAAUUACAUAAAGCAAGGAAUACCUCAACUCAAGGCAGACUAGAUACAUUUUUCAAAGUUUUGCCAAAUACAAAUUCUCCAAAACGCAAAAUGGAAGAAACAAAGGGUGUAGGAAAGAAGGCUAAAAAAGGCGCGACUGGAAAACCACGUGGAAGGCCAAAAUAAAUAUUUAUAUAAUAAUUACUUUAGCAUUAAUCAAAUUUCGUAAUGUCUCGAACUUAUGAAUUUCUAAUUAUUUGUGCUUUCCAGUGCAUAAAAUAUUAUAAAAAAUGUAAACUUUUCAACAUAUAAAAGUACUGUAAGUAACUGCGAUUGUAUUUGUAUAUUUUCGUAUUUAUUUGAUAAAAUAGAUUAUACACGUUUUAAUAACAUCUUUUAUUUUAUAUGUGUAUACAUAAAAGAUCUAGUAUUUUCCUGUUCACUUGAGUAACUAAUAUUUUUUAAAUAUACAUUUGAUUUUAUUUGAAUAUAUAAGCUGAUAAUUUGAAAUGAUAGAAACUGUGCAUUCAUGUUUCUAUUAGAAUAGAUUGUUCAGUCUUGAUUUUAGCACCCACAUAUAUCAACUAUAUUUCUGUAAUAUGUGUAGAAUUUAUUUUUAUAUUGAAUAGUAUCUGGCAGUGCUUUGAAGCUACUGACAGUAUUUACAAUAUGUUUUGACAAGACAUUAUCAUGUAUAUAAUGUAUUGGUAUAUACAAACUUUUGUGUACUAAAAGUAUGUUAUUGUCACUGAAAUGUUAUUAUAGUACUACCAAUAGCGUUAGGAUCUAAUACAUGAUUUAAUGCUUGUUCAAUAUUAUGAGGUCCAUAUACCCUGUCGACAACCAAUUGCAACUGAUUAGCGUCUACUAAAUCAGACAAUGCUUGUAAAUAUGUUGAAUUUAUCUUUGAACCAUCUUUCCAUUGGUAUAUAUUCGAUCCAAAUAUA